UCUUCCUCUGAGAUUCUGAAGGCAACAUUUGGAAAACCAAGGUUCAUCAUGGCAAUCCUGAGAAGUCUGCUGCUUCUUUUCAUUGUGUUCUCUAUGGGGAAUGCAGAUGCUGAAAGAUGCCCCAAUGGAUGGACAAAUUUUGGAGUCCGAUGCUUCAGGUUCUUCUCUCAGUCGGUUAACUGGGUCACAGCAGAGAGAAACUGUCAAAGUCUGGAUGCAAAUCUCGCAUCUGUGCACAGUAAAGCAGAAAAUGAGUUUGUGCAGAGUCUGUUGCCUACUUCUUCCACGCGUUGUUGGGUUGGUAUUCAUGAUGGAGAACAAGAAGGACAGUGGGUGUGGAGUGAUGGAACUCCAUAUGACUAUGCCUACUGGUGUGCUGGAGAACCUAACAAUUCGGGUGUUGAAAACUGUGGGGAGGUCAACAUCAACCAGAUUUCUAAUCGUUGUUGGAACGAUCUACCCUGUUUGAAUCAAAUAGGCUAUGUUUGUGCUAAAAUCCUGUGAGAUCACAUGCAGUCAUCUUUCUCCAAUAUUCUGAUUUCAUCUUUAAAAACAUGUUAUUCUUAAAUUAAGCCUUUUAGAGAUAUGCUCUCAACUUUAAUCUCUCCUCAAUA